AUGACUAAAGGGUGCAAAAAGUGCCCCGUGGGUCGGAGGGCCAGCCAAACAAUGUUUGCUACGGCCGAAAUAGACUCGAGGCUGAGCAAAUCGUUUGUCCACGUUUCGCCCGAGUACGAGAUUAUACUCACCCAACCAGAAACCAUAAUGGGGCCCGAUGACCGUAUAAAUAAGCCAGACGACAUCAAUCAAGACGAUUUCCCGGACCAGGGUUUGGUUACCGACCUGCCCCAGGACCACCCCAGCUUGGGCCGAGCUCUCGACGGGCUGGUACAGUAG